AACUGCUCUGGAGCUCCAGCGGUUACCUACUCAGGUAACUAUUCUCAACACUGCUGUCCUCAGACAGACACUCCAGUGGUGGCCUACUGUGACAUCACCAACUGUUACUCACGACACCACGUGUCGCACAGACAGUCACCACCGGAUGACACUGUAGUGGUUGACAAUGAGUGGACACCACGUGUCGCACAGACAGUGCUGUUCAACAAAACUAUUGAUUUGAGCUCUGAUUUUGAAGACGACGCCACCACUGAUCCCAUCACUGGUGUAGACACUGACAACACCACCACCACAGCCACCACUGAUAUAUCGGUCAAUACGAUGGCCGCCAGAGAUCCGUUGGAAGACAUUAAAAGCUCAGUCGAUGGGCAACUCAUGACUGAUGAUGAAGACACCGAUGAAGACGUCAGCACUGGUUCCCAAAGCCCUGAAUUGUCACCUAUUCUUACCUCCAGAUUAAGAGCUCGUAAGACAGUGUUGGACGACACUAUGGAGUCUUCGGGGACCAGCUCUUCGCAAUCGACGCCAUUAAACUAUAGUAACAAUCCAUUGGAUCCAUUGAGUCCAUUGGACAGCAAUUCAAAGCAUUCAAUGUCUGCGAAGGACACGAGCGGUGCACUCGAUCUCAACUUAUCAUGUCUUCAGCUCAAUGAUAGCGGCGACAGAGAUCUCGGAGCCAUCGGUGGUGUCAAUGGCGACGAUACCGACGAUGAAUUGCCGCCAAUUCGUACCUCCAGAGCCCGCAACACAAUACUAGAUGACACCAUUGAGUCGUUGAAUACUAGUUCCUCGCCAUUAAGCGAUGGUAACAACGAAUUGAUGUCCGCGAAAGACUCGAGUGAUGGACACUAUCACGACUUAUCUGGUGCUCACAUCAACGAAAGCGUCGACAGAGAUCUGGUGAUAGUCCCCGAAGUGUUGAACUUUGACUCUAUUGGAUCAGGUGCUGAAGAAUCAGAUUCUGGACCAGAAAUAGAAGAGAUUCCCGAACCGAGUGUUAAACCGAAACACAACCCAUUGUUUCGGAGGGAUAUCCCCGACAUCUUAGACAUGGAUGACUUGGACUCCAAGACACGGAAGGCUAACGAACGAGAAGACCGUCGGAUUGCGGACCAGAAGCAGAGACUCAAAGAGUUUCGCAAUAAUCAGAGGUAUGUCGAGCUAUCGGAUGACGAGGACAGGGAUGAGGACAAUGUGGGCGCCGUUCAGUCGUUGAGCCGUCGUUUGCCACAAGUGGUAGACAUCGCCAGCGAUAGCGAUGCUGAAGAGUCUGCACCACCGGUUAGGUCUACCCCUACGACUAGUUUCGAGGACUUUGAAGUAAACUUCGAUACGUAUGGCGUCCACACAGACGACGCGUAUAAUAUAAAGGACGCGAGGGGUCGAGUGCUUGUCAAUGUGGGACAUCCCGGCGCUGAGCCCGACCUCUUCUUAUCUGAACACAUGGCACGUCGAGUGAAAGCCCACCAAAUCGGAGGAAUACGCUUCAUAUACGAUAAUAUCGUCGAUUCCAUUGAGAAGUUCCGGACGACCAGGAAAGGGGGCUUCGGUUGUAUUCUCUCACACGCUAUGGGUUUGGGAAAGACCUUUCAGGUGAUAGCCUUCACAGACGUAUUCCUGAAGGCUUUUGAAGCUAAAAGACAUCGAUAUAAGCAGGUGUUGUGUGUCGUUCCCAUCAAUACACUGCAGAACUGGGUGUCGGAGUUUGAGAACUGGUCGCCGCCACGGGAUCGGGACUAUGAGGUCUACUCAAUGGACUCAACCCUUCCUCUGAUCCGGAGAUCGGAAAAGGUGUUGAAAUGGCAUAAAAGUGGCGGAGUUUUGCUGUUGGGAUACGAGAUGUUCAGAGGACUCAUCAAAAGCGACGAUAAGAAAUAUGCGGCCAAACAGUGGCGAGACUACGAUCGCGAGGAACUGGAGGAAAGGGAUGCAAAGGUGAGGCGAGCUCUGGUAGACCCGGGACCAGAUGUCGUGGUUUGCGAUGAGGGCCAUAGGAUUAAGAAUCCAAACGCCGCCAUUUCCAUAGCCCUGAAGCAGAUUAAGACUCGACGCCGUGUGAUACUCACGGGAACACCACUUCAAAACAAUCUGAUGGAGUACUGGUGUAUGUGUGACUUCGUGCGGCCCUACCAUCUCGGAACUCAGGGAGAGUUCAAGAAUAUGUUUGAAAAGCCCAUAACCAAUGGCCAGUGCGUCGACUCCAAUGAGUUGGAUGUGCUGUUGAUGAAGAAGAGGGCGUUUGUAUUACACCAGAAGGUCAAGGGUUUCGUUCAACGCCGAAGUCAUGAAGUACUGAAGACAACGCUUCCAGUGAAGCGCGAGUUUGUGUUGAUGUGUCGCAUGACAAACAUGCAGAAGCGACUGAUGCAGGCGUUGAUCGAUAAGGCCAUCGAAGAUCCCGAAGCUAUCGGUCGAGUAAAGGGAAAACUCUCAGUACUGACCCUAUUCUCCAUCUGUACGAAGAUCUGGAACCAUCCGGAUAUCAUCCAUGAGGUCAUCGAUAGGGGAUUAGAGGCUCAGCGCCAGGAUCUGGAAAUAUAUGGUCCGACUGACGGCCCACUGUUUGAUCCAAACGGGAAGGCAUUCACGGACUGGUCCUUCGCUGCCGAUGUCAUCCUCAACUACACCACUCGAGUCAUCGGAAACUCUAAUAAAAUGGUUGUAUUGUUUGAGAUAAUCGACGAGUGCCUGAAGAUUGGGGACAGACUACUAGUCUUCAGUCAAUCGCUGUUUACUCUUGACUUAAUCGAAGAACUCCUGAAAAUGAAAAAGGAGUGGCGUUUAGGCCGUGAUUACUAUCGACUCGACGGCUCAACACCUCCUCAGGAAAGAGAGAGAUAUAUCAACCGAUUCAAUGGCACCACAAGAGCUCACCUGUUCCUCAUAUCAACUAAAGCCGGUAGUCUUGGAAUCAACUUAAUUGGCGCCAAUCGUAUCGUUGUUAUGGACGCCAAUUGGAACCCCAGUUGGGACGCACAGGCGGCCUGUCGUGUCUACCGCUAUGGACAGCCAAAGGAGACAUUCAUAUACCGCUUAGUCUGCGAUCAAACACUGGAAGAGAAGAUCUCGAAACGACAGUUUCUGAAGCACGGUAUGGCUAAGCGUGUAGUGGACGGACAGACCAUUGACCCGACGUUCUCGUGGAAUGAGAUCACAUCGCUGUUGGAAGACUUGCAACGUAUUGAUGACAUACCAGAGGUUGACUUCGAUGGCCACGAGUUGGCCGAUCUGGAGGACUCACUCAUCCAAAAGGUGUGUCGAAGUGUCGGACACGGGUUGACACGAAUGCCCUUCGAGUACGACUCGCUUCUCAUGGAUAAGACGGACAAGAAGUUGAAUGAUAACGAGAGGGCGCAGGCACUGGAAGACUAUAAUCACACCGUUAGACUCACCAAGUUUUUAGCACCGAAGCCCACUAACAUUACCCUUGGUGAACCCGACGAGCACCUGGAGGUCCAGGAAGUGGAUGGAGUGGUCGACGAGAACAUCGAGGUCGACGACAGAGACAGAGAUGAGAUGAAAGGAUCGGAAGAGAUGUCGGAAGCAGAAGAGGGCGGAGAGAGUGGUGUCGGAGACCAACACAAAGACACUCCAGAAGUGACAGAAGGAGGCGAUGAGAGGGAAGGCAGUGAUGAUUGCGAAUCAAAUGAAGUUUUGAUCCAAAGGCAAUACAAUAUGGAUUAUAUGGAUGAAAGUCACCCAUUGAUUGGAGUGGAAGACAAUUGUUCAGAGUAUGACAGCAUUGAACAGUUAACACUAGAAUUGGACAGAAGUAGUAAUAACAGCAACGGAUCCAACAAUAAUGAUAGACGGAGUCAGUCGUCCGUCUCGCAGUCAAUGGCCAUCUCAUGGCAUAACAUACGGGUGUCGAGUAGGCCGUCCAACAUGUUUAAACGCUUCCGUAAAUCUAGUACUGAACCCACAGAGAUCCUCAAGAAUGUUUCGGGUGAAGUGAGUGCCGGCCAACUAUUAGCUAUAAUGGGUUCGAGUGGCGCCGGAAAGACAACUCUAUUGAAUGUAUUGACGGCAAGGAAUCUGUCGAAACUGGUUGUCUGUGGGGAUGUCCUAUUGAAUGGAGAGGUAGUCGAUGCAAAUACCAUAACCUCUGUGUCGGCGUAUGUCCAGCAACAGGACCUAUUUGUACCCGUACUCACCGUUAGGGAACACCUAAUAUUUCAUUCAUUAUUACGAAUGGAUCCUAAUUUACCCCAAAAAGAGAGAACAGAUCGCGUGAAUGAAGUGAUUCUUAGGUUUAGUUUAACGAAGUGUGCGGGCACUCGGAUCGGUAGCAGUACUACAUUUAAGGGCAUAUCUGGCGGUGAAUCCAAACGACUGGCCUUUGCAUCCGAGUAUUUGACGGAUCCGUCGAUUAUGUUUUGUGAUGAGCCGACCAGUGGUUUGGACUCAUUUAUGGCCCAAAGCAUAGUCCAAGAGUUGAAGUCUAUGGCAUCGGAGGGUCGCACCGUUAUCUGUACUAUACAUCAGCCCUCGUCUCAAGUGUUUGAACUUUUUGAACACUUAUUACUAUUAGCCGAUGGAAGGGUAGCUUUCAUGGGAAAGACUGAUGAGGCAAUGGAUUACUUCUCAUCACUUGGAUAUCAUAUAUGCGACAGAUUUGCUAAUAAAUUGUCGGAUACUUUGUCGGACACCACGGAUAUGGUGAGCGCCGCCCUAUUCAUGAACUCAUUCAGUGUAUUUGAACGCAAAUCCGCACUAAACGGACACAAAUACCGGACAUCCAUUUGGCGACAAUUGUGGACAUUGUUAUGGCGAUCAAAAAAGUUCAUUUUAAGAGACACCGAGUUUAGGUGGAUGUUUGUGAUCGUGCCAAUUGCAAUAUUCUUGGGAUCAGUCUAUUGGAAACAACAGGUGAACCAAAAAUCCAUAAGAAAUAUAAACGCGGCACUUUUUGUUUUGGUUAUGAAUAUGACUAUUCAGAGCGCUAUGGCUGUCAUUAAUACAUUCUGUGCGGAACAGCCAUUAUUUCUGAGGGAACACCACAACGGCAUGUAUAGAGUGGGCGUGUAUUUCAUAUCUAAAAACUUGGCCGAUUUCCCAAUAUAUGUGUUGCAAUCCUUUCUAUUUGUACUCAUUUACUACCAUAUGGUGGGCCUUAACCCCCACUCCGACACCUUUUGGAUGGCAGUAUUCAUCGGUAUUCUCGUCACACAGUGUGCCGUCUCUUUCGGGUAUCUGAUGUCAUGCCUGACCUCCACGGCCACUACGGCACUGAAACUAGGCCCACCACUACUUACCCCGGUCAUACUGUUUGGUGGAUACUUAUUGAAUACUGAUUCAACACCUGGAUGGUUAUCCUGGAUGAAAUACAUUUCAUGGUUUUACUACGGCUUCGAAGCGUUGGUCAUCAAUGAGUGGAAAGGCGUCAAAAUAAGCGACUGUCGUCCCGUCAGUUGUAACGCCAACUCAAUCCCUGAUCCGUCGUGUAUAUCAAGCGGGGAUCAAGUGAUCAGUCAAUUUGAUUUUCAUGCAAAUAAUAUGAUUAGGAACUUGUUCAUUUUAGUGGUGUUGGCACUGGUGCUUAGGUUAUGUGCGUUCACUGCUCUGUAUUUGAGAUCCCGACGCAGAUAAUAGUGAUAAUGAACUUAG